AUGCUAUUUUCAGCGAUUUAUCUUCAUAUUCGAAGAAACCCUGAUGUCGUUCAAUCCACUCAAACAAAUUCAACUUCUCAAAGUGAAUAUUCCACACGAUCACCAAUUAUUUACAAUUGUAGUCGAAAACAUCGAGUCGCUUUUACAUUUGACGACGGUCCUCAUGCAACUCAUACUUUAUCAAUAAUCAAAACAUUAAAUCGACAAAACAUCACAGCUGGUUUCUUCAUUUCAGGAACAUCAAUACAAAGUUUUCUUAAUACUCAUAAUAAUUUAAUUGUUCCAACAUUUGAAAGACCACGAAUUGGAUAUUUACUUUUACAAGAUUAUACUCUACUUGAAAAUCUCUUAGAUGGACAUGAAAUCUAUAUGCAUGGUUGGUUACAUGAAAAGAUAACUGAAAUGCAAAUUCAAACAGUUAUUGAUAAUAUUUCUACACAAUUAUUAGAAAUUGGUCUUUUAAAAGGUUUUAAACCAAUUUAUCGAGCACCAUGGGGAAUUGGUACAGCCCCAUUUCAUGUUCAUAAAAAAGUUUUACUUCCACAAAUUUUAAAACAAAUGGGCAUUGUACCAGUUUUUUGGGAUAUUGAUACGAAGGAUUAUGUACUUAAUGUCGAUGAAGAUACAUUAAUCAAUAACACAGUACAUUUGAUUUGUAAGAAACAAGGUGGACUUAUUUUAAUGCAUGAUAAUCGACUGACUACAGCAUUUUUUCUUGAUCGACUUAUUCGUUCAAUUCGUGGCAGUGGACAUAAGAUUGUGAGUCCGAGUGAAAUCAAUCGAAACUGGACGAAUUCAAUGUCAAUGAAGAAAACAAGAAAAUAUAUUGAAUAUCUUCGAAAAAGAACUUUAAAUGUACAAAAUAAUGUAACAUUUCGAUCGAAUAACUAUCGACCAAUAGAAAUUACUCUCUCAUCACCGAAGGGAAAAAUUGAACCAUUACAUAGUAUAUUUCCACUUACUCAAUAUCAAGGAACAAUUCGUGUUCAUCCAAAUAUAAACGAUGUUUAA